UAAUAUUUUUCCCUUAGCGAGGGAGCUUAUAGGGAAGUUAGAGAGGGCCUAGCUAGGUGCGUCACACCUGAAGGAGUUGAGAGGGGUCAAAGUAUAUUCCUAAGUCUCCCUACUUCUCCACUUUUUAAGGGGCCCAAAAGGCCAUACCAUGUGAGAAAAACCACACUCUCUUCCUUCGUCCUUCUCUCUCUCUCUGCGUCUCGUUCACCAACUCUUGUCGAUCAUCAUCGUACAGGGAAGACAAAAGGACAAUCAAGCUAGUAACUGGAUUUUGUUUUGGAGUUAAAUGGAUCGAGGAAAGAAACCUGUCUCGUACUUUGAAAACAGAAAUAACAAGAUUUACAUGGACCUCAAAGAUAUCAUUAGGGAGAAUACCCUUCGUUACCUUCCUGCUAAAUCUCUCCGUCGAUGCACCAGUGUUUGUCGGGACUGGAAGCUUUAUAUCUCAACUCCUUUCUUUGCUCACAACCAGUCGAAUUCUUUCCAAGAUUUGUCUGGCUUCUUUUGUCAAUCUCAUUUAUCCCUGCCAUCAUUUCUUUCCCUUGAACCAGUGGCAUAUGGGGUUCCAGACCCAUCGUUGAAGUUUUUGCCUGAGCCAGUUGAUAUCAGGUGUGCUUCCAAUGGACUUCUCUGCUGCCAAGGUCGGACUGAAUACAAAGCCUAUUACAUCUGCAGUCCUGUUACCCAGCAAUGGAAGAAACUUCCUAAACCUGAUGCCAACCAUGGUUCUGAACCUGCUCUUGUGCUCGUCUUUGAGCCUUCAUUGCUGAACUUUGUGGCUGACUACAAGCUGAUUUGUGCAUUUCAAUCUGAUCUGGAUGGAUUAGAAUUUGAUAUUUAUUCCUCUGCUGAAGGAUGUUGGAGAACUUCUGGAGAGAUUUGCUUUGGCAAUCGGCAGAUUGUUCCUUGCACGGGUGUUUAUGUUGAUGGCAUUGUUUAUUGGCAGGGAAGGAGUGCGAUUAUUGCUUUUGAUCUAACAAGUGAGCGCUCAACUCUUCUCUAUUCCUAUUCAUAUGGUUCUUUGGGCAAGGUGAAUGGGAAGCUGUGUUCUGCUUCCAUACACGGUUCAAAAUUAACUAUAGCAGAGCUGUCAAAUGCCUAUGCAAACACAAUGCAAAUGCAUAGCAAAACAAAGGCAUGGUCUGUGAAAAAUGUAACUUUAGACAAUUCAGUGUUUGCUGGGCCAACUGAUCAGGAAAAUGUGUUGUGUAUCAAAGGUGAAAUUGUGGUGAUACGUUUGGGGAGAACACUCUUUUCCUACAACAUGAAGACUACUGAUAUCAAACAAUUGGCAACUGAAGCUGAUUAUCAUCCGAGAAUGAUUCCCUAUGUGAAUAGCCUUGUUGAGGUAUAGUUUAGUCUCCUUUAGUAAAAAGUUCGACAUUGGGCGCUCAUAGGGUUUGGUAUUUGGUUUGGAACUUCUCACUCUUACAUACAUUCAUCAGAACUUUUUCUCGAGUGUUAAUGACUUAUUACUUUAGUAUAUCUUCUUACAGGCUUGAUCCUUCCAGUUCCAAUGCCGAUAGUACUGUGCGCCGAGUGGUUUUAUCUAUACAUAUAUAUACACGAACAUCUAUGUUCAUGGUCCAUAUUUGUGC